UCUUUGUGGUUUCCUUCACUCAACCUUCAUACCUCGUCAGAGUGUUAAACGGUUCUCGACCAGAAAGACACGAGAGCGCUCUGAGACACUGUCUGUCUCCGUCUGCAUUCUGAGGAGGACGAGCAGCAUGAGGAAGGAUGCUCCAGAUCUCUGACACCGAGUAGAAGAUGAGCAGAGCGAGGCCUAGCUCUUAGACCGUCCUCCAACACGUUGAACAUUCUGAGCGUUCGGCCGUUCGGUUACGGAUCCGACUCACAUCAUCGCCUGAAGGACUGCUAUUGUUUUUCCGAGUGAAUGUUAGUAUUGUAAGCUGCAUUUCUGCUUCCCUUUUUUUUUGCCACACACAGGUUUUUGUGUGUAUGUAUGUGCGUGCGUGUGUGUGCGCGUGUUUUCCGUCCAUUUUGAAACAGAGAAGACGUUGCUCAACGUAGCACAUGUUUUACGCUUGUGCUUGGAUUGCCAACAUUUAAACAGAUUUUGUGAAGAUUUUGGUCCUUUUUUAAUCUAUUUAAUCGCUGUGACGUCGAUCGACCAGACGUCAUGUCCUAAGAGACAUGAUUUCAACCCCGUUCUGGACUUAACUGACUGACAAGGAUUGUGUGUGAGAGAGAGACAAAGCAAAUAAGGCAGCAAGCUAGGAAUUCUGGGAAAGGUCGUCGAUCCUGAUAGUUAAGUAGGUAGUUGGGAUCCUGGAAAUCCUAAGGAAGAUUGUAAUGGGGAACGCGGCAGGAGGUCUGGAACAGCCUGAGGGCACGGAGGCCGGGGUCAACCCCACUUUAAGCACCAUUAAGAAGAAAACGGCGCCUCCCAAACUGCCCAUGCCUCCCGAGGACGAGCUGGAGGAACGCUUCAACGUGGUGCUGAGCUCCAUGAACCUGCCUCCUGAUAAGAUGACGCUCCUGAGUCAGUAUGAUAACGAAAAGAAAUGGGAACUGGUCUGUGAUCAGGAGCGUUUCCAGGUGAAAAACCCUCCAUCUGCAUAUGUGAAUAAGAUCAAGAGUUUUUACCAGGACCAAGGAGGAGUGACGCGCAGGUUUAAGAGGCGCAUCCAGGAGUCCACCCAGGUCCUGAGAGAGCUGGAGAUCUCGUUGAGGACCAAUCACAUCGGAUGGGCUCAGGAGUUCCUAAAUGAAGAAAAUCAGGGUUUGGAUGUGCUGGUGGAUUAUCUGUCCUAUGCUCAGAGCGAUGCACCGUUUGAGGUGGAGUCAGUGGAGAAUGGAGGAUCUGUUACAGACAACAGGAGGAUGUCAGAGAGAUCUUUGGAGGAUCUGACCAAAAACACCACACUCUCAGCGACACAUGGCAUGACCCGGGCUGCUCGGGCUUUCACCGUCCGGCUGACUAAUCUGGCACAAGGCAGGAGAUCUCUGAGAAGUCGCUUAACCCAUAGAGAUGAUGUCCAUGUUUGUAUUAUGUGCCUGCGAGCGAUCAUGAAUUAUCAGUCCGGCUUCAACCUCGUGAUGAGCCACCCUCGCUGUGUGAACGAAAUCACGCUCAGUCUCAACAACAGGAACCCCAGGACAAAAGCACUCGUCCUGGAGCUGUUGGCUGCCGUGUGUCUCGUCCGAGGUGGACAUGACAUCAUUAUAUCCGCCUUUAACAACUUUAAAGAUGUGAGUGGAGAGAAGAACAGGUUUGAGAAGUUAAUGGAGUAUUUCAGCACUGAUGACAGCAACAUUGACUUCAUGGUGGCGUGUAUGCAGUUCAUAAACAUUGUGGUUCACUCUGUGGAGAACAUGAACUUCCGGGUCCACCUUCAGUACGAGUUCACACAGCUUGGCCUAGAUCAGUAUUUAGAGUCUCUGAAGCUGACAGAGAGUGAGAAGUUGCAGGUUCAGAUCCAGGCGUAUCUGGAUAACGUGUUUGAUGUGGGCGCGUUGCUCGAGGACGCUGAGAGUAAGGGAGGACUAGUGGAACAUUUGGAGGAGUUACAAGAACACAACAAACAGCUGAGUGCUAAGCUACAGGAGCAUGAGAAUGGAGAGAGAGAGAAAGUUGCUGAACUUGAGAAGCAGCUCAUGCAGGUCACUAAAGAGACAGCGAUACUCAAGGAGAGCUUGCGGGAGUCGUGCACUCAGGUCAGCACCUUGCAACAACGUGAGCGCGAGCGAGAGAUCCAGAGAGAGCGAGAGAAGGAGCAGGAGCGGAUAUCUCAACCUUCUCAGCUCGGAAGGUCCAGAGACUCUGAGGAGCAGAGGGACAGCAAGCUGGAGGUAAAGCUGAAGGAGUUGCAGGACAAAGGUCUGGUGCAGCUCAAAAGGACGGCUUCGGGAUCUCUGGACAUCGAGGUCGUCCCUGUGACUGUGGUGCAGUACGUCCCUGCUGCUGUCUCUGAGACAGACUCAGCACCAGCCAAUCAGGCUGCUCCCUCUGUAGCUCCUCCCCCUCCUCCUCCACUACCUGGUGAAGCUCCCCCUGCUGCCUGUGUUGUGCCUCCGCCACCACCUCCUCCUCCUCCUCCUCCUUCAGGGUCUGGAGUCCCACCUCCUCCACCACCUCCUCCGCCUCCAGGUGGAGGCCCUCCUCCUCCCCCACCCCCUCCUGGGUGUGGCCCUCCGCCUCCUCCUGGAGCUCCUCCUGCACCGGGGGCUGAAGAAGUGAAGAGCAGAAAGCCGAUUCAACCGAAGUUCCGCAUGCCGCUGCUCAACUGGCAGGCUUUAAAACCCAACCAGCUGGAAGGAACUGUGUUUAAAGAGCUGGAUGAUGAACAACUGUUACAGGAGCUGAACAUGGAUGUGUUCGCGGAGCAGUUUAAGACGAAGGCACAGGCUCCUAAGACUGAUAUCUCCAAGAUUAAGAUAAAAGCUGAAAAAGCUCCUACUAAAGUUUCUCUCCUGGAGGCCAACAAGGCCAAGAACCUCGCCAUCACCCUGAGGAAGGCAGGCAUGAGUCCUGCUGAUGUCUGCACCGCCAUCGAGAAUUACGAUCAGCAGGCCCUGAGCCUGGACUUCCUGGAGCUCCUGGAGCGCUUCAUCCCAUCAGAUUAUGAGAUGAAGCUUCUGCAGAACUAUGUGAAAGAAGGACGUAAUCUAGAGGACCUCGCUGACGAGGACCGAUUUAUCAUGAGCUUCGGGAAAAUCCCUCGCCUAGCUCAGCGAAUCAGCACGCUCACCUUCAUGGGCAACUUCCCCGACACGGUUAAGCGGCUGCAGCCGCAACUGAACUCCAUCAUCGCGGCCUCCGUGUCCCUGAAGUCUUCUACUAAGCUGAAGAAGAUCUUGGAGAUCAUUCUGGCUUUCGGGAACUACAUGAACAGCAGUAAGAGAGGAGCGGCUUACGGUUUCCGUUUGCAGAGUCUGGAUCUGCUGUUAGAUACAAAGUCCACAGAUCGUUCUCAGACUCUGCUGCACUUCAUCGCUAACAUGGUGCAGGAGAAAUACCCCGAGCUGGCCUCCUUCCACACCGAGCUGCGCUUCAUCGACAAGGCUGCUCUGGUGUCUCUGGAUGGCGUGCUGCAGGACGUGCGCUCUUUAGAGAGAGGGAUGGAAGGAACCAAGAAGGAGUUCAUGGUGCAGGAUGACAUCACAGCGCUUAAAGAGUUUGUUAAGGUCAACAGCCCGCUGCUGGACUCGCUCGUUAAAGACGGCAAGACGGCACAGGAGGCGUAUGUUUCACUGGUGGAGUAUUAUGGGGAAAACCCGAAGACCACGCAGCCCUCCAUGUUCUUCCCUCUGUUUGUCAGAUUCGUUAAAGCUUACAAGCAAGCGGAGCAUGAGAACGAGCAAAGGAGGAAGCAGGAGAUAGCGGCGGAAGAGCAGACCACGUCUUCGCCCAAGAAGAAAGAAGUAACGCCUCAGAAGGGUCCCAUGAUGCCCAAGAUGCCUCAGAUGGAUCUGAUAGCGGAGCUGAAGAAGAGGCAGGUGAAGCCGCAGGUGACCGACGGAGCCAUAGAGGACAUCAUCACAGACUUGAGAAAUGCUCCGUACCGCCGGACCGAUGGCCGAAGACCAGCUCAGCGCCAAGAAAAUUAACCUCCAUUAACGUUUGUCAUGUGACAUCUAGACUUUUCUGCACAUUUAUCUGAACAGUAUUAUAAUAUUAUUUUUUAUCUACAAUCAAUAAAUCUUCAAAUACACUGAUAUGGUGCAUACAGUGCCAGACAAAUUACACACUAACACACACACACACACACACACACACACACACACACACACACACACACACACACACACACACACACACACACACACACACACACACACACACGCAUACA